CCGAAUACGCCCACAGCACGGUAACGCCUUAGCGUAAUGCUUGUAACCUUAUCUGACUUCAUGUGACAAUACUGACGCAACACCUGUCGGCUAGCGAAUUUACUAACUCAGCUUCCUGGUGUAAGUUCUGGGCGCACUGACGUAAGUUCGAUUAUUCUUGUGCUCCUGUAUCGAUCAUUCAUCGUUACUUUAAAAAAAUUAAUCUUUCUGUAGGGACAGCAGCAAUGGGCGCUGUGCUGAGUUACUUCUGGGAAAGAGAGGACCCUCAAACGGACAUUCCUGACCCCCAGACGGGUCUAACUCAACGAGAGCGUCAGGCCGUGGUCAGUACGUGGGCUGUAGUGAAAUUGGAUGCCAAACGAACUGGCGUCGAACUCUUCAUGCGGUUAUUCGAGGCGCACCCAGAGUAUCAGAAACGAUUCCCGAGUUUCCGAGGCAUGAACCUCACGGAGCUCAGGGGCAGCACGAAGUUGUCUGCUCACGCUACGAACGUCAUGUACUCGCUGACGGGCGUGGUGGACAACCUGGAGGACCCGGAGUGCCUCACGGAGCUGCUCAGGAAGUUAGGAGAGAACCACAGACGCCAUGAAAUCACCGAGAAAGAAUUUCGUGAUCUAAAAGUGGUACUGAUGGACCUGUUGAAAGAGAAGCUUGGAGAGCAACUGACACCACAAGGAGAGAGAGCGUGGAAUAAGACAGUGGAUCUCGCUUACACAUUCAUAUUUCAAGGGCUGAAGAAACGCGAGACCUCUAACGUGACGCAACAGUACGCAAGUGUUGCGUAGUGGCACCAAGGAACGACCACGAUAGUUGAUUUUCCAUCUGUUAAAUUAAAUUACAGAGACAACGUCCGUUGCUGGUAUGAAGCACGUGUAAUGGUUGAGAAACAGAGCAAACAAUUAGAGGAUUUACCAAUUAUUUAUCUAACAGUAUAUGACAAUAACCACAGGGCCGCAAUAGAAUUUCUCGAGGCCCCUAAAACUGAGAAAAUAAAAGAACUGUAGAAAUAAUUAUUAAUAAAUAUUAACAAUU